GAACCGUUUCUUUAGCCAGUUUAUAACAGCCAGCACCAAAUUGAACAAAUUAGCAGUUGUGUCAAUUAUCAAUUGUCUGGUUCUGUCAUUUGCAUGAUAGCAUGUAUUAUUUUUGUGAGAAGAAGGCAUAUCCUGUUUUAAAUGACUGAAACAAAUGGACUGAAAAACAAUCACGUUUGCACCUACGCCUAACUAAAUGACGUGUCACAUGUAUAUACAAGCCACAACAACUAACUUGCCCUUUGUUGCAGUUGACACAGAUCAUUGUUUGGCCUCAAUUAGAUUUGUGACAUUCCUUCAGAGAUGUUGUUUUUAGGAAUCCUUCUUCACAUCAGUUUAUUUCAUGUAUCAAUGUCAGAAGUGGCACCUUGCAAUAUUUCCAAACCAAUAGGUGCCAAUGUCCUCAUCCCUUUGCCAUACAAAGGCCUGACAGCUGAUGCUCAUUUAAAAUGGAUGCACGGAAAAGAAAGAGUGUUCUAUAGCAAAGGAGGUGAAAUAAAAGACGAAAAGCGCAAAAUUAAAUUUGAUGGAUCACUUAUAUUAGACAAUAUCAAGUCAUCUGAUUCUGGGACAUAUGAAGCCACAGUCCAUGAUAGCAAGGGAGCCCAUGUUCACUUCUCAUCCCAGCGUCUUUGUGUCCUUGAAUCGGUGAAGACACCUGAGGUGAAGUACAGCUGCGCUGGACAAUGGCCUGUACUGACAUGCACACGUGGAGGUCCAGAAGUGAAUGUCAUUUGGUACAGGAACAACCAAGAGAUAGGACAGAGACAGCAAACACUGACUCUGACCGCAGACCUGUUCAAGGCUGGAGACAGAUACUCUUGCACGGUCAAGAAUCAAGUCAGUGAGAAGAAGAGCAGUGAGGUCAAACCUGUGUGCUCAGGUAAAAUACAGGUGAACACACCCACUGUGACUUUCAGGUGUGACAAAGGCACCAUGCAGAUGACAUGCGUGAGUUCCACUGGGAUGGUUUUCUCAUGGAACCGCAAUGGUCAGAAGCUGGUCGGAAAAGAUAACACAAUUCUGAACUUAACCGAGGCAGAGUUCAAGUCUAAUCACACUUAUUCGUGUGUCAUUAAAAAUGGAACCACUGUGAUUCAAAGUAAAAAUGUGCAGCCUUCUUGCAAAGUUGCAGAGCAGUCAAAGUGGCCUAACAUGGACCUAUGGCUGAUGGUGACGAUUUUGGCUGGAGGAGGACUGGUGGUUGUCUUAAUCAUCCUCAGUAUCGUGUGCUGCCUUUGCAAACGUAAAAAGAGUCAAGAGAAAGAAAAGGAACUGAGACUGGCCAACCUGACUCAUUCGCCUGACAAUCAAUCUGAGGAGUCUCCCCUCAAAAGGCCACGUAGGGAAAGAGGGCCCCUCCCCGAAGUCCCUAAACCUCGUGUGAGGCCUGCUCAACUCCACAACAGUGGCCAACCCGGGCCUGACAUGGUAAAGAACAGCCAAUACAUGCACAUGAAUAAGGUGGAAUUCCCUGUGGACCGUUAAAAGAAAAUGCAUUUUUAUCAACUGACAUACUUUUGUUGGAUAUAUUGUUUGAAUACAUUGAUACAUGUUGUUCUCAUAUUGAAUAUGUAUAUUUUCUGUCAUUUAAAACAAUACAUAGAGUCACAUAACUUUCAUAAUUUGUUCUGUUUUAGAUUCAUUUUGAAUGAUUAAAAAGUCGAAGCCC